AUGGAUCACGCAGCCGAUGCUCACCGUACGGAUUUGAUGACCAUAACGAGGUUCGUGCUGAAUGAGCAGUCCAAGCACCCUGAGUCUCGCGGAGACUUCACCAUCUUGCUCAAUCAUAUUGUUCUUGGCUGCAAGUUUGUCUGCUCUGCUGUCAACAAGGCGGGUCUGGCUAAACUUAUUGGGCUUGCUGGAGAGACCAACGUUCAGGGUGAAGAGCAAAAGAAACUGGAUGUGCUUUCAAAUGAAGUUUUUGUUAAGGCCCUGGUUAGCAGUGGCAGAACUUCUAUCCUUGUUUCGGAGGAAGAUGAAGAGGCCAUAUUUGUGGAGCCAUCCAAGCGUGGAAAGUACUGUGUUGUAUUUGAUCCACUGGAUGGUUCGUCUAACAUUGAUUGUGGUGUUUCCAUUGGAACGAUUUUUGGGAUUUAUGUGGUAAAAGAUGGCAUUGAACCUACUCUGCACGAUGUCUUGCAACCUGGAAAGAAUAUGGUUGCAGCAGGCUACUGCAUGUAUGGAAGCUCUUGCACGUUUGUGUUGAGCACUGGAACUGGAGUUCAUGGGUUCACUCUGGAUCCAUCUCUUGGGGAGUUCAUACUAACUCACCCAGACAUCCAGCCUCUAACAUUCAGGUUAUGUCUACUUCUUUGCCCAGAUUCCAAAGAAAGGAAAAUCUAUUCAGUGAAUGAAGGGAAUGCCAAAAAUUGGGAUGGUCCGACGGCCAAGUAUGUGGAAAAGUGCAAAUACCCGAAAGAUGGUUCAUCACCAAAGUCUCUAAGAUACAUUGGAAGCAUGGUUGCUGAUGUUCAUCGGACACUGCUUUAUGGAGGUAUCUUUUUGUAUCCUGCUGACAAGAAGAGCCCAAAUGGGAAACUGCGUGUUCUCUACGAAGUCUUCCCCAUGUCUUUCUUGAUGGAACAAGCAGGCGGUCAGUCAUUCACUGGCAAGGAACGGGCCCUUGACCUAGUUCCAAACAAGAUCCAUGAGCGCUCUCCAAUCUUCCUUGGCAGCUAUGAUGAUGUUGAGGAAAUCAAGACACUCUAUGCCGCAGAAGGGAAGAAGUAA